AAGAGGAAGAGUUUAGGAAUAAUAUAUUGUCUCAAGUGUUGGAUCAAUCGGCCAGAGCUAGACUGAGUACACUAUCGGUGGCCAAACCAGAAAAGGCCAAAAUGGUUGAAAACCUGUUAAUACAAAACGUACGGAUGGGUGCCAUCAGGGGAAGAUUAUCUGAAGACGAUUUGAAGGGUCUGUUGGAGAGAGUGAGCGAACAGACGUCCCGAAAGACAACCGUUAAUUAUGACAGAAGAAGGACAGCGUUGGACGACGACUCCGAUGAAGACUAAAACUAAACGAUCGCUGGUUUCUGUUGCCUAUUAUUUAAUAACAUUUUUACAUUAAUUACAAUCAAUGCUUAGAUUUUUAUACUCAAACUCUUUAGACUAAUUCAUACUUACAUAGCG